UACGACACAUGUCUCUGAUGUUGCAUGCCCUAUGACACAUGUCUCUGCAAUUGCAUGUGAAUUCAAUUAUUUGAACAACUACCCUUCAUUAUAUAAACUGAUCAGAUGCACAUCAUAAGUAUACCUAUCAACAUUUCAAAAAUCAUAGCAUCCAAUGGAUCCUUUCCUAAAUGAGUUUAGUCUAGAAGAGUUCCAACAACAAUGGGAAAUAGAAGAAAAAAUACUUGAUAGGCAGCGAGAACUUCUUGAAGAAUUGCAAAGGAGAAGCGAACAACCACGUAAGAGGAAAUCCAUACAUAGAGAUCAUCAUGCAGCGCAUGAGAGACUCAUGGCCGACUACUUUGCCGAGUCAUGCACUUACACUGACGCCCAGUUCCGACGCAGGUAUCGAAUGAAAAGGCCUCUCUUUCUACGAAUUGUGGACUCUAUAUCAAAUUACGACGAUUACUUCACACAACGGCGCAAUAAUGCGGGCAAGCUUGGGUUAACGCCUAUCCAGAAGUGUACGGCUGCCAUACGCAUGCUCGCAUAUGGAGUCGCAGCCGAUGCUUGUGAUGAGUACGUCAAGAUAGGAGAAUCCACUGCUAUCGAGUGUACUCGCAAGUUUUGCGAAGGGGUAAUAGCAUUGUUUCAAGAUGAAUACUUACGACGACCAAAUGUGGAAGACUUGCAGAGGUUGCUCCAAGUUGGACAGGAACGUGGAUUCCCAGGGAUGAUUGGAAGUAUUGAUUGCAUGCACUGGCAGUGGAAAAAUUGUCCUAAGGCUUGGCAAGGGCAGUUUACUAGUGGACACAAGGGGACGGCAACAGUUAUCCUCGAGGCAGUUGCGUCAUAUGAUUUGUGGAUAUGGCAUGCUUUUUCAGGGCUUCCUGGUAGUUUGAAUGACAUAAAUGUACUAGAUAGGUCACCGGUUUUUGACGACAUUGAGUCUGGUGAAGCUCCACGGGUAAAAUAUGAUUUGUGGAUAUGGCAUGCUUUUUCAGGGCUUCCUGGUAGUUUGAAUGACAUAAAUGUACUAGACAGGUCACCGGUAUUUGACGACAUUGAGUCUGGUGAAGCUCCACGGGUAAACUUCACCGUGAAUGGGCGGGAGUACAAUCUUGCAUACUAUCUUGCCGACGGAAUCUACCCUAAGUGGCCUGUCUUCGUGCAGUCAAUUCAAAUGCCCCAAGGCAACAAACAUCAAUUUUUUGCCAAACAACAGGAAUCAUGCAGGAAGGACGUGGAACGCGCAUUCGGGGUACUCCAAGCACGCUUCGCUAUUGUCCGCCAACCAGCUAGAAUGUGGGAUCUUGAUGUCUUAGGAAAAAUAAUGAGGGCGUGCAUUAUUUUACAUAACAUGAUAGUAGAGGAUGAACGAGAUACGUAUUCGCGAAACUGGGAAAAUAUCGACUUUGAACCGUCGAACAAUGCUAGCUCUAGCGCCUCUUUCAAUGUUCAAACAGACGUGUUGCCGGAGUUUCAAGUCCAUGUUCAACACCGAUCUGAGGCAGAUAAUCAGACUAGAGCGGAACUACGAGAUAAGACCCAACAUAUUCAGCUGAAGAAGGAUCUCAUCGAGCACAUUUGGCAGAAGUUUGGGACAACCUCCGAUUAAAUUUUUACCAAUUUAGUGUGUG